AUGCAGAGGCCGGACAAUAAGAUCUAUGUCAAGGAAGCUGUAAAUGCAGAUAUUAGAAAUAUUUAUCUCAAAGUUUCCAUUCUGAAAAUCCUGGAAAUUGACACGCUGAAGGAAACAUUUACAGCGGAUGUGUUUUACCAGGCAAGGUGGAGAGAGCCUAAACUUGACGGACACAAGGGAAGUGGCGAGAUUGACUGGUCUGCAUACUGGAAUCCAAAAAUAUUAAUUCUAAACGCCAUUGCUCAAAAAGACCAUGCCAAGUGGUACGUUUUACAGACAGAUGAAUCGGGAGAUACUCAUAUCGUGGAGAAAAAUCGUCUGGUGGCAACCUUCACUGAAAGUAUGGAACUGGUCCUUUUUCCAUUCGACAUACAGGAUCUUAACAUCUUUAUAACCACGGAACUCUCGGAAGAGGAGGUCAAGUUUUUAGAAGACGAUCGUGAAAUAUCAAGCGUUCACGCUGAGACAUUUGCAAAAAAACAAGAAUGGAACAUUUACGAGUUUGUUCAUUUUACUCCAAAGGCAUUGACUCAGGAAUAUGCCAACAACAAGUAUAAAAAGCCGGGAAUGUACGUUUUCUGCAGCGCCGGAAGGAAGCCCGGAUUCUUCGUGUGGAACGUAAUUGUGCUCAUGUCUAUCAUCAGUUCCCUGGCUCUGUCCACGUUUGCUGUGGCUAGGAGUAAGAUCGAGAAUCGUCUACAGCUAUCCAUUAUGCUUGUCCUCAUCACAGUCACCUUUAAAUUCGUAACCAACCAAGUUAUCCCAAAAAUAUCCUACACCACUCAUCUGGAUCGAUACAUUAUCGGCAGUACGAUAUUCCUGUACCUGGUGGCGAUGUGGCACGCUAUAUCGGAGGCCCUGAUCUCGGACGACGACACACUCAGUGAGGCUGAUCAGUACGCCUUCUAUGCCUUCUGUGGUCUGUACGCCUUCAUCCAGUUCAUGUUCAUGAUCAUUGUCCUUCUCAGUGGUUCAACCAGGCGAUAUGAUGUAAACAAUAACCUUAAGCAGUACAAUAGGAAGCGUCUUGACGUCAUGAAAAGAGGCGAAAUUAUAAAGACUUCAAAGACCGAGACAUUGUUUAAGAAAGCAACCGAGGAAUGUCUGGUGGUAUCCCCCUAAAAAGUGACUGGUGGUAUCCACUUAAUACAUUCAAUACAUUGACCGGUGUCCGUCUAAUAAAAUGGCUGGUGGUGUUCACCCAAUACAAUGACUGGUGGUGUUCACGUAAUAAAGUGAUGGUUGGUGUUCACCUUAUACAAUAACUGGCGCUGACCAUUAAAUGACUGGUGGUGUCCACCUAAUAGAAUAAGUAGUGGUGUCAACGUAUACAAUAAC